AUGACGCACACCCUUAGAGAACACAUACCUUCUGCUUUUGUAGUUAAAAUUCCGCUUGCGACCAGCAGGCCUAGAAUAUGGAUGGAGGCUCAGCAGACAAUUGAUGCUGACACUUCGACGCAAGGAGGUCAAAUUCGUUGUAUUCUCCUCCAUCCUGUCAUCGACACGAAGUUUACCUCUGAGCCCCUUGUCUCUUUCGUUUGUUCACCGGCCGAGGGGUCAACAUCGUCGAGGGCAAGAAAACCAGAUGAUUGCAUUGCACAACAGCUACUCCAUGCUCCAACUUUUGACGCUUCCUCGGGACGGACCAUUCAGCGAUGCGAAGAAGAUAUUCCAGCAGAUCUCAAACCUGAAGCACAAGCUGGCCCGAGGCAACACGAGCACUGCUUGCUUGUUUUUGCCUGUACAUGA